UACUUCCCUUUACACAUACAACUAGCUAAAUUCAGUUGAGAACAAUUUAGCAACAAUGGCAAAGGCCCUUGUUCUUUUUCAGCUUUCAGUUUUAUUACUUAGCUCAUUUACAGUUGUUAGCCAUGCUCAUGGUGAGUGGUACUCAUUAUACAAAAAUGUUGACCACCUUUCACCAGCUCAAGCCCCUAAGCCUCACAAGGGCCAUCACCACCCCAUAAAUUCCCCAGCCCCUUCACCAAUUUAUACUCCAACAAAGCCACCAACUAAAGCUCCAACAAAGCCACCAACUAAAGCUCCAGCUUAUAGCCCAUCAAAACCACCAGUUAAGCCACCAGUCAAACCACCAACACCAUCACCUUAUUAUCCAACUAGGAAACCUGUAGCUGUAAGAGGACUUGUUUACUGCAAGCCUUGCAAGUUUAGAGGGAUUGAAACUCUUUACCAAGCUAAACCACUUCAGGGAGCCAAGGUGAAGCUAGUGUGCAGCAACACCAAAAAGACAUUAGUCGAACAGGGGGAAACAGACAAGAACGGCUUCUUCUGGAUCCUGCCCAAACUCUUGAGCUCAGGAGCCUACCACAAAUGCAAGGUGUUUUUGGUCUCAUCAAAGAAUUCUUACUGUAAUGUCCCAACGAAUUUCAAUGGUGGAAAAUCUGGUGCACUAUUGAAGUACACCCCACUUCCCAAGCCACCAGCUCCAGCUAGCCUUCUCCCUGUUAAGGCAUCCACCCCCAUAUUUGAUGUCUUCACUGUUGGGCCUUUUGGAUUUGAACCCUCAAAGAAGGUCCCUUGCAAGAAGUAAUUAACUUGGGAAAUUAGAAUGUAGUAUUAAGGGAUAAAUGUGUUGGAGAAAGAAAAAAAAAUUGUAGUACCCCUGUUUCCUUGUUAUUCCAUUAAUAAAUAUGAUCAUGUAAGAGGAAAGAAUGUAGUUUAAUUUAAUUUUCUUGUUUUUUCAAUUUCGUUUCUGUCUGUUUAAAGCCUAAACAAGUGAAAGGGAUUUAUAAAGUGUA